AUACCCGUCGUUGAUCAGGGUCUUGUGUAAUCCGCGUCAUCACACCGACACGUCAGAAGAUCAAAGUUUAAUUCCACACUUGUCCACACUGACCUAGAACCUUACACGCACUGUCAAUUGGCUGAGCAUAUACAAUACCCCGGUGACCUUACCGAUGGGCACCUGAUGGCAACCGGAAUCCGCCGAUUCACUCCGUAUUAAAGUCCAAAUCGGUCGACGGAAACUUAUUUGAAACAUUUUUGAAACCUCAUAGAAGAACAAAUAGAAACAGCAUUUACCUUGUUUAGGUAAAUACCUUUAUCUUUUCCAACAAGAUUUUUCCUAGCUAAUAUUCAGAAACAUUCGGAAAAGUCGAUUUAACGCAAAGACCAGGGUCACAUUUAUGUGUAUUUGCCUUUAUGUGCCUUUUAAAUUUAACUCGGAAUAUAAAACCUCUAUAGACGGAGAAGAGAAACCAGUUCCCCAUUGCAACUGAGUUGCGUUUCAUUUAGUUUUCCCUCAUAUUCAUGUUACUUCAGUUUCAGUAAUGUUUAAUUCAUGAAUUAUGCGUUCAGAAACUGGAAAAAACAUAAUUGGCGAAUUUUAAAGCUGGAAAUUUUUUUAACUGCUAGCGAAAUUGUAUGUAAUAACCAAAUAAUUAACAUUAGUCCUUAUAAGUAAUAAUAAAAUAGAGUAAUAAAUUAUACAAUUUAACCAAAACCAGAGUUUGAAAAAAUAUGGUUGGCCAAAGUGGAGGGUUUAGAUAAUGUUUUAUGCCGGUGCGAUGGGGUUUAGGAGCAAUUGACUAGAUCUGGUCCCAGAAUCGCACUAGAACUUGCACUCGGCUUCUAUAGGAUGCAUAAAUAGGCCCGGCUUCGGGUUGGAGAGGGUCAGUGUCAGUUGUCGCUCAGCUUAAUCGGUAAACAGAAAUCGGAUUACGGAGAAAAUGCAGCCAACCGAUGUCUCGGUAUCCAUGUUAUGGAUCGGUGUACUGUGCCUGGUUCCUUACAGCGUCUCCGAUUUAUUCCCAUCGCUCCUAAAUCGGUGCACGGCGGAGGAUGAGUCGUGUCACGUGGCGCAGGCGCAGAAGUUUUUUGAAGCCUUUAAAAAGGGCAUUCCAGGGCUGCAGGGGUCCGGUCUGGAGCCCAUUGAUCUGGGAACGUUGCGCGUCGAGAGCGGGGGCCACUCGGAGUCCCUGCAGUUUAAGCUGGUCAUGAGCGAUGCCCAGCUCUUUAACCUGGCUAAUUCCGCAGUGGUCAAGAGCCUAAAAGGCUUCACCAAGGACCUUACGAAGCCGCUCAAGCUUACAAUGGUCUUGGAUGCACCGGAGCUGGUGGUGCGGGCUAAGUACGAUGUGAACGGCAAACUCCUCAUCCUGCCCAUCGUUAGCGAGGGGGAUUUAACCAUUCGGCUUAACGAGGUCCAGCUCAAGUCAAGGAUUAUGGUGGAACCUGAAAAGCGGUCCGAUGGCCAUACAUAUCUUAACAUCACCGAUUACAAAACGAUCACCAAGAUCAAGGGUGGCCACUUCGACAUGACGAAUCUGUUCAACGACAACGUGGAGCUUCGUGAGAGCACCCUGAAAGUCCUUAACCAGGAGUGGAACACUCUGGCUGUCGAUGUUCAGCCCAAACUCAACGAGGCCUGUUCCAAGGCCUUUAGAUCCAUACUGCAAAAUUUGUGGAAAAACAUACCUUAUGACGAAUUCUUUAUAUCGGGAUAAGCGCUAUGCUCAAAUAUGUCCAAGUUAUUGUUACACUCAUAAAAGAAGUAGGUAUCAUUAAAUAAAGUACACACAUAUCUGUUAAAGGACCAAUUACUACUUUACUACUUUUGGCUAAGCAGGGAUUGGUUAUGCAAUUUAUUUUACGAACGAAUAAUAAAUAAAAAUGUCUUUAAAAUAGAAAUAAAUUGUUUACCGCUGA